AUGGCUUUGUCCUGGUCUGAAUGGGUCUCUAGACCGCCUAUCCUUGUUCUCACUUCUAAACUGAAGCGGCUGAAGAGGGACCUAAAAUCCUGGGCGAGAUCUGUCUUUCCUAACUUUGAUGAAGACCUAGAGUGUGCGAAGAAGACUCUGAACCAGAUUCAUGACCAGAUUGCAACUGAAGGGAUGAACGGUCAUCUAUUUGCUAUGGAAGCUGAUGCGAAGACGGGAUUGAACAAAAACUCAAUCAGAGCUCUCAAGAAGCCGGAUGGGACCAUUGUGGAAGGGUAUAAUCAGAUAGGGGAAUAUAUUGUGGACUUUUACGAGAGGUUCCAUAGAGCCUCCACCACAGUGAAUCAUGAGGAUUUAUUGGAUAAUAUUCCAAAAGUUCUUAAUCAGAUGGACUGCUAUAAGAUGGACUAUCUUCCUGGGAAUAAGGAAAUAAGGAGGGCAGUUUGGGAGCUCGACCCGGACAGCUCACCGGGCCUAGAUGGAUUCUUUAGUGUAUUCUUUCGUAAAUGCUGGGAUAUGGUGGAAGUGGAGGUUUGCAACACAAUGAAACAGUUUUUCAGCACUGGGUCCAUUCCAAAUGGGAUAAAUAAUAAUUUUCUGGUGUUGAUUCCAAAGGUGGAUGGUGCAAAUACUCUUGAGAAAUUUCGGCCCCUUUGUAUGGGCAACUUUUUCUGUAAAAUCAUAUCCAAAGUUAUGGCAAUGCGCCUUAAGACUCUCCUCCCUUGUCUGAUCUCAGAAGAGCAGAGUGCCUUUCAAAAGGGGAAAAUGAUCGACGACAAUAUAGCUGUGGCUUCUGAGCUUGCAAUUUUAAUGUUCUCUGCAACCAGAGGUGGGGGCCUUGGUCUUAAAAUUGAUAUAAGGAAGGCCUAUGACACUAUUUCCUGGUCUUUUAUUUUUCAGGUGUUGAGUAAAUUUGGCUUCUCCAAUAAAUGGAUCAAUUGGCUACACCAACUCCUGCUAUCGACCAAAAUUUCUAUUCUGGUGAACGGAGGUCCUCAGGGCUUCUUCGGGGUGGAGCAUGGCUUGAGACAAGGUGACCCUAUAUCCCUCAUGUUGUUUAUCAUAGCAGAAGAAGUUCUGUCUAGAGGGUUGUCAAACUUGGUUCAGAGCAAGAGUCUCAAACCAAUCAGUGGCCCAAGAGGCGUUACUACUCCUGGACACAUUUUAUUCGCAGAUGAUAUAUUCAUCUUCACCAACGCCUCAUUGAGAUAUGUAAAUGCUCUGAAAUCUUUCUUGAUGAAGUAUCAGGACUUUUCAGGCCAAUGCAUCAGCUUUGAGAAAAGUAAGCUUUUCCUAGGAAAGAUAGCUCCUGCUCGCAAGCAGACAAUUGCUGAUACCCUUGGAAUUCGUAUAUGCACUUUCCCAACUCACUACUUAGGAGUUGAAAUAUUUAAGGGUACAGUGAAGAAAGAGGCUCUGCUUCCAGUGAUGGACAAGGUGAAAGGCCGUCUAACGGGUUGGAAAGGAAACCUCUUGUCUUUGGCGGGCAGAACGGAGUUGGUCAGAUUAGUUAUUGCAGGUAUCCCUAACCAUAGUUCUGCUAUUUAUCGGUGGCCAUCUUCCCUUUUGUCUAUAAUGGAACGAUGGAUGAGAAACUUCAUUUGGACAGGGGAAAAUGAAACGUCCAGGAAAAUUUUUGUUAAAUGGGACUCCCUUUGCAUGCCUAAAGAGGAAGGUGGUUUAGGUAUCAGGAGACUCCGUCAUACCAAUAAAGCUAUGUUGUGCAAGCUUGCAUGGAGGAUCAAGCAUGAGAGGACAGCCACCAGCUCCUUCCUUAAAGCCCGCUUUGUUAAAAAAGAUGGUAAUUUCAAAAAAGGAGUUUCUUCCUCUAUUGCCUUGGGGGUGAAAAAAGUUUGGAGUUUUGUGGAAGAAAAUGAAAGAUGGAUUAUCGGUAAUGGUAAUCUUACAAAUUUCUAG